CCCUGGGGGGUGUCCCCGAGGUGCACGUGGGCUCAUGCGGUUUGUGUCUUCUGCCGGUCCUUUAACCUGCGAGUGGGAAGGGCAGGGCGAGAGGUUCCUCGGUCUGUGUUUGGCGGGAUCCCGGGAGUGGGGCAGAAAUGGUCGGUAACUCUAUUCUGCCCCGGAGCCAAGGGGGAAGUGACUUUCUUCUUUCCUGCUGCGGUUUGAGGGGCGUUAUCCUGUACGUGGUCUAGUCAUCUGUGCCUGUUUCCAACACUCACCGAGGGCGUUGCGUGGAGGACAUUGAUCCAUAAGCAUUCAAGAUAAUUUUCUUCCGAGUUAUCAGUGACUUGGAAACAGGGUGUGAUAGGUGUACAGCUUGUGGUUACCAUGGUGAUGGCAAGUGUGAUACAGAAGAUCAUCCCUCACUAUUCUCUAGCUCGUUGGCUUCUCUGUAGUGGCAGUUUACGAUGGUAUCAACAUCCAACUGAAGAAGAAUUACGAAUUCUUGCAGGGAAACAACAAAAGGGGAAAAGCAAAAAAGAUAGAAAAUACAAUGGUCACAUUGAAAAUAAACUACAAACCAUUCCUAAGGAUAUUGAUCUUCAUCUGGAAACAAAAUCAGUUACUGAAGUGGAUACUUUAGCAUUGCAUUAUUUUCCUGAAUAUCAGUGGUUGGUGGAUUUCACAGUUGCAGCUACAGUGGUGUACUUGGUAACUGAAGUCUACUAUAGUUUGAUGAAACCCUCACAGGAAAUGAAUAUCAGCAUAGUCUGGUGUCUGCUUGUUUUGGCUUUUGCCAUCAGGAUACUGUUCUCAUUGACCACUCACUACUUCAAAGUAGAAGAUGGAGGUGAAAGAUCUGUCUGUGUCACCUUUGGCUUUUUUUUCUUUGUCAAAGCCAUGGCAAUCCUUAUUGUAACUGAAAAUUAUCUAGAAUUUGGACUUGAAUCAGGGUUUUCAAAUUUUUCGAAAAGUGCUGUGCAGUUUCUUGAAAAGCAAGGUUUGGAAUCCCAGGGUCCUGUGUCUAAACUAACCUUCAAAUUGUUCCUGGCUGUUCUUUGUUCACUUAUUGGUGCUUUUUUGACAUUCCCUGGCUUGCGACUGGCUCAAAUGCAUCUGGAUGCUCUGAAUUUAGCAACUGAAAAAAUAACACAAACAUUACUGCAUAUAAACUUCCUGGCACCUUUACUUAUGGUCCUAUUGUGGGUAAAACCAAUUACCAAAGACUACAUUAUGAACCCACCACUGGGUAAAGAGAGCGUACCUUUAAUGUCAGAAGCAACAUUUGAUACAGUACGAUUGUGGAUAAUUAUCCUGUUGUGUGCUUUACGGUUGGCCAUGAUGCGCAAACACCUGCAAGCCUACCUUAAUUUAGCACAGAAAUGUGUGGAUCAGAUGAAAAAGGAGGCUGGCAGAAUAAGUACAGUUGAUCUGCAGAAAAUGGUGGCCCGAGUAUUUUAUUACCUUUGUGUAAUUGCAUUGCAGUAUGUGGCCCCUCUGGUAAUGCUGCUUCAUACAACUUUACUUUUGAAAACACUAGGUAAUUAUUCCUGGGGCAUCUAUCCAGAAUCUAGCUCUGACUUUCUAGUGGAAAACAAUCCACUCCCUAAUUCAGUUUACUCUGAGUCUCCAUCUGCUGAUGGAAAGAUGAAGGUAAAUGUAGUUCAAAUAACAAUGGCAUUGGGCAGCCUAAAGAACAUUUUUACUCCUCUCCUAUUCCGAGGAAUCCUGUCUUUUCUCACCUGGUGGAUUGCUGCUUGCCUCUUCUCCACAAGCCUUUUUGGGCUUUUCUAUCACCAGUAUCUGACUGUGGCAUGAACUAAUCAGAUCACAAAGCAAAUAUAUGAAGUUAUGUGCAAACCCAUGUACCCCAGAGGGGCUGAAGAAAAAAUGGAAGAAUGCAUACGUGAAGAAAAAACACAUAUCAAAUUUUAUUCUUAAAUGCUUCCUCUGUAUUCUCAGGGUGAAUAUUGCUAUGUUUAAAGUCACAAGUGGGUUUAACUUUUGUUACCAAACAGUAGGUAACUAACUGCUGAAUUAUGGUAUUGGAACUGUGACUAAUCUUUUUUGUGUGGCUGAUAUUGGAGGGCUAGUUAAAAGACUAGUGUGCCUGUGAGUACCUUGCUUUCCAUUAAUACUAAGCCACCCUCAAAACUUUUGUAUAUUACUUCAGUUGUUGACUGAUGACUCAAAGUGGUAAUGAGGUACAGGUAACAUUAAUGGUGUCUGCCUAGUUAAACAAUCUUGAAACUGAGCCAUACAAAUGGGGAAAGAAAAUUUUUUGUUGGAAUGAUAUUGAUCACUUUUCUGUGUGAAAAGCAAAAAAAUCCAACAGAAGAAAUACUGUAUAUUACAGUAAAGAAAGCUGUAGUAUUUGAAUUUGGAUAGGAACAAAUCCAUGGACUCAGCAAGUAUUGCUUGCUGCCUGAGGAGUUCAGGAAUGUUCAAGCUGUAAGAGGAAUAUUAUAAAAAUACAUAUUGUCAAUCCCUGAAGUUAUUUUAAAGUAAUGAAGGGCCAUAUUAACCCUUGCAAGUACAAUAUUGGUGCUACUAAUGAUCCACAUAUUCCAUUUGGGUCUUUUAAAUUUCAUUUUUCCAGGUAAUAAAUAAAUUCCAUUGAAUUCACAAACUGAUUGGAAUAGAUUAUCAACACUGAUCAAACUGUUUAAAAAGAAUAUCUAAUAAUCCUGCUGAGUGUGUAUGUAUCUGUAAGUAUAUAUACAUAUAUAUUAUAUAUUAAAUAUAUAAUAUAUAUAAAUGAAGACUAUAAAAAGAAAUAUUGAAUCUAUAAGUUGCUGAAUGUAUGUUACAGGACAGUGGGACAAGGACAUAUAUGUACCAAGUAAAUUCAAGAUCCCUUUUUUAAUUAAAAUUAAAUAUUUUUUUGAAAGUUCAGAUGAAAGGGCUAUCCAUUUUUGGUGCCUCUACAAAGGUACUAAACUUUUAAUAAAGAACCUUUGUGAUUUUGUUGAAA